UGAAAAUGAACUUGAAGAUACAUAUACAUUAUUAAUUCCAACACUUGAAGAAUGUGUGAAGAAAAUAAUAAAUUAUAUGGGAAUGCAAGCUUGUGAACGAUCAGACAAAAUUCCAGAAGGCAAAGCAUCACAUGCAUUUUAUUUAGCGGGUGUCUAUCGUGGUGGACAUGAUGUACUUGUUCGAGCAAAAAUGGCAUUGGGUGGUACAACAGUAUAUCCAGGAGCACAAGCUAUUACCAUGCAAUUAACAAUACGUUCGACAGAUGGAUCAGCUGUGCAAGUUAUUGCUUCAGGAGUCGAAUAA